UCCUUUAUAGUUCGUGCGGUUCGGUUGUGCGCGCGUUCGCAAUACAACGACGUUCCGCAUACAUAGUCUGUCUCUGCCUCAACCUGUGUUACCUGUGUUUGGUGUUUGAUGUGUCUGUGUGCGUAAUUCCAUAUAUUUUGUCUGUUUGUACGUACGAAGUAACGAAAAUCACAUACCAAAGGCUAUGCAAAUGCGUUGCCAACGUUACGCACGCGUAGAAAUACAAAACCCAAGUGCUAACUCGUAUUCAUAUAAAAAAGCCGCAAAGUGAUUUAUAUCAGGCCGAACCGCGCGCCAAGUGAAAGUGCAACAAAUACAAUCACACCAAAACUAAGCUGCGUCAAAUAAAACGUAUUAAUUAUUAAAAACUAAGCAAAAACAAAAUUGCUCAACUACCUGUUCUGCAGAAGUCCGUCGGACGCAUCAACAGCAGCAGUAAGAGAAACAGCAGAUCAAAGAGAGGUGCGCAACAAAUAUUGUACAAGAAAUCUAACUGUUGCUUCUUCGUUGUCUCCGUGUAUGCGUGUGUGCGUGUGAAGUGCAUGCUUCAAAAACUUCAUUUCAUCUUGUGCUACAUCUAACGGUUGUUUUUGUUUUUUAAGCACAUAGAAGAAAAUAACUAAACAAAUAUUUUGCACAACAGUUUUAACAGGCUUUGAGCAGCUUUGGCAGUAUGGCGCCCAUGCCACGCAUUCAAUUGGCCAAUAACAAUGCGGCCAUAAAAGCCACAACCAACAAUUUUCUGUAUGCCGAAACAAUUUCCGGCGACAGCAGCCCAACACCCAGCAGUCCGCCUUCGAGCACAGCGGGCGUUGCCAAAUCGCAGUGCUCCUCCCUGUCGGAUGGCGAAUCCUUUGAGGGCUACGGCGAGAACGAGUACAGUGUUCAGCUGCGUGCGGCGGGCAGCAACAACAAUGGCAACAGCAGCGGCAGCAACAGCCACAGCAUUAACAAUGGCAACAACACUCACCAUCACAGCAUGAACAACGGAUCAGUGCAUGAGCACAGUGGACACUCAAAUGACGGCAAUAACAAUCUGGAUGAUACGGCUGGCAUUGAGCUCGAUCUGGCGCCUCACGUUGUCUCAUCCUCGCCCAAGGAUGACGAGGAGCUCAACAUUAUGCCCCGCGACAACUGGGCCAGACGCAGUCUGAGACGCACACCUACAAGCAAUCCCGAUAGUUUGCCCCAGCGUCGUUGGGGCUCCAUGAGAAACUCCGGCCGCAGGCAAAUAAGUUCCAAUGCCUUAGCCAGCCAACUGUACAGAUCAUCGAGUUUCAACUCUUCCGGCCGUAGCUCUAACUGUGAUACAACUGAGGAUAUGUACAGCGAUAUAAGCCUCGAAAAUCGUCAUGAUUACGAUUAUAGGCUGGAGCUGCUGCAGCGCAAGGUGGACGAUCUGUCAGAUACGCAAAAUAUAGCCGAGGAUCGGACGACGCGCACAAAGACUGAAUAUGCGGUGCUCCAGGCGCGCUAUCACAUGCUCGAGGAGCAGUACAGAGAGUCGGAGCUGCGCGCCGAGGAACGUUUGGCCGAGGAACAGAAACGCCAUCGCGAAAUUUUGGCCCGUGUGGAACGCGAAGCCUCGCUGCAGAACGAGAACUGCCAGAUAAAGAUCAAAGCCACCGAGAUCGAGGCGAAUGCACUGCGCGAUGAGGCGCAACGGUUGCGUGUCUUAUGCGAUAAACAGGCCAACGAUUUGCAUCGCACCGAGGAGCAGCUGGAGCUGGCACGCGAUCAGAUUGCGGCGCUGCAACAGGAGUGCGAUGAGCAAAUGCAAACGGUGCGCCGCUACGAGCAGGAAAAGAAGUCCACCGAGGAGCUGAUGCUCGAGCUGAGUCGCGAGCUGCAGCGCCUUCGCGAGGAGAACGGGGCGCGCGCCAUGCCCACCACAUCACCCGAGAGCAUAAGACUGGAGGAGCUGCAUCAGGAGCUGGAGGAGAUGCGUCAAAAGAAUCGCUCACUCGAGGAGCAGAACGAGGAGCUGCAGGCCACCAUGCUGACGAAUCAGGCCACCAUGCUGACAAACGGCGUGGAGCAGGGCCGCAACCUGCUGAAUGGCACACUCAACAAUUUGGCCCAGGAGCUGGAGGAGAUGUCACAAGCUCAGGAUUCUGUGGAUUCAGCCACAUUAGCAUCCUUAAGUCAGCUGCAACAGGCCUUCCAGGAAAAGGAAGAUGAAAAUGUGCGACUCAAGCACUAUAUCGAUACGAUCCUACUCAACAUCGUGGAGAACUAUCCCCAGCUGCUCGAAGUGAAGCCAAUCGAGCGCAAAUGAAGCCGCAAGAUUAUCAAAUGAAAUGAAGAAAAAUAUAUAUUAGCCGGAUACUACUCUCUGGACCACCUUUAAUCUUUACUCAAAAAGAAAGAAAAAGAAAAAAACUAAUGAACUAAUUUAAUAUAAAUUUUAAGCAAGUCCCAUAUAUUUAUGUAUACAGUUUAAGUCAUAAUUUAUUUUAUAACAAUUUAUUGUAGUUUUUAAACCGAACAACACAAGUGAACAGAACUACGGAUCUAUAUGAAAUUAUCUAAUGCGAAUUCUGUUGAUCAUUUAUAUAUACAAUGUAUCUAUAUCUUUUGCGUCUUACUUUUUAACUAACCGUUAUUUGUGUAUAAACAAAAUUUCAUGUUUGUAAAAUAGCAAAAAAGAGAAAAUUCAAUUGUCUAGCAAAGAAGGGAAAAAAAGAGAAUGUCUAACCCAGCAAAUUGUUUAUAGUUUUUGUAGUGUUGUUGAGCCCUGAAGAUAUUAACUAUAAAAUUACUAGCUCGUAAGAUUAUACACCUUUUAACCAUGAAAAUUUAUGAAUAUAAAAGAGAAAUGAUAACUAGAAUGUACAUGAUGUGUAUAUGCGUUUGUAGACCUAGCGAACGGAAUCGUGUGCUGAAGUCCGUUCAAAUGUUUUACUCUAUAAAAAUAAUAAUAUAUUAUUUGAAAUUUGUUAAAUAUAGUUUUAGUAAUGAUGGGCAGUGCUUGGGAGACAUGGUUUCAACUAUAUAUUGCAUAUUAUUCGAGGUUCUAUAGUAACCCCAACUAUUUUUUGUUUCUUCAACUUUCCGUGCACAUUGCCAAAUUUCUCAAUGUUUUUAUUACUAUUCUCUCUUCCGAUAUAUUUUCCGCCUACCCCAUUUUCCAAGUGUCUUACGCUGCCCAUAUAUACUAAUCCAGAUCAAUGAAUGAACCUAUCAAAAAUUUGCGUUUAUGGUAUGGACAAUCCCCAGGAGUUGGAGUUUUUAGUUAUACUCGACAGAGAGACAGAGAGAGAAAGAGGGAGAAAGUAAAAAUAAAAAACAUUUUAAUUAUAAAACUAAAACAUAUUUAAUCAAACUACGUACUACUUAUGCAUAUGUAUUUGUAAACUUAAAUGAUGGACGUAAUGUGCAAAGUUUUGGGCAACGCAAUGCAGUUUGAUAGACGAACUGUGGACGAACCCCAAUAGCUUAAACUUAAACUCAACGAAAAACUUAAAACAGAACUCAAAGUGGUCAACUUUUUAAUAUAUACAUAUAUAUAAAUAUAUCGAAACUAAAUUUAAUAAUUUGCUAAUCAAAAUAUUUGAUGCCUUAAAUGAUUUUUAAACAAUUUUAGCAAUUAAUUUGUAUAAUAUAGACCGAUAAAUAGUGCGGAGAUCUAAGCUUGUAGAUAACACUAACAAAAAGUCCAUUAUGCUUAACUAAAUAAAUGUAUACAUAACUAAAUAUAAAAUUAUGUAUGUAGUACACACAAACAACUAUGCUGUAUGCAUCAAGUUUUAAAUGUAAUUUACACCAAGGAAGUGUACGAAAUAUUACUAAAAAUAAUAAAGAACAAUUUUAUAAGAAAUGUGAA